CAUCGUAAACAAAUGCCGGGGUUUUAGACUUGAGGAGAUCGUAAUUCGUAAACCCUCGUAAAAUCUCAACCUCCCAACCGGGCCAGAAAAAACCCUAGUCUUCCUUCAGUGGUUGUCUUCCUACCUGGUUUGAUGUUCUUCUUCGAAGAUCUCUCUCUCUCUCUCUCCCUCUCAAUGCUUACUCAAUCCGUGAUCUCUGUUCAGAAGCAUUGUGACUAAUAACUCCUACUUCACAAACCACAAUGAUGAGAAAAUCCCAAGCAUCGGCAUUUUCCCGUCUCAUCCUCAACCACUUACAGACAACCCUAAUCCCCGCCACCAAACAGCUCCCUUCCCCACAUCCUCACGCACCGACCAAAACAACUCUUUUUUCCUCUUCCAUUUCCAGUUCCGGAUUUAACCGGUCAUUCUACACGGAUCGAACGAUCCACGAGCUACUGGCCAACGUGGAGAGAGAGAAGAACAAGGAGAGAGAGGAGAAGAAGAGGGCGGGGUUAGAUACAUCGUACAUCGACGCCGAGGACGAGGAGGAUUACUUGGGAGUGGGCCCGCUGAUCGAGAAGUUGGAGAAGGAGAAGCUGAAGAAUGUUUCAGAUGACCUCCUUAACAUGUACGAGGAGCCUACGGAUUCGGAGAGCGAGGACGACGAGAGGUUUACCCCGGAUGCUUUGAGGAAGCGGGGUGAGUUGUUUGAGAAGAAGUUUAAGCGGCAUGAGGACCUCCUCCGGAACAUGAUCGAAGCUGAGACAAUGGAUGAAGCUUACAAGUGGAUGAACAGAAUUGAUAACUUCGAGCAAAAGCAUUUCCCGCUACGCCCAGAGUAUCGGGUCAUCGGUGAGUUGAUGAACCGAAUGAAAGAAUCCUCUGGCAAGAACAGAUUUCUUCUCCAACAUAAACUAAAUAGGGCCAUUAGGUUAGUUGAAUGGAAGGAAGCUUAUGAUCCUAAUAAUGCCGCCAAUUAUGGAGUCAUUCAGCACGAGCAAGGGGGGCCCUCUGUCGAUCUUCUUGAACAUGCUGGAUUCGAAAAGGAAAAACAAAUCAUACAAGGGAGAUUGGAUGAAGAUGACAAUGAUGAGUUUGACGAUAUGAAAGAGAAGGAUGAUAUUUUGUUAGAGAAGCUUAAUGGUAUAGACAAGAUACUUGAAGAGAAGCUUGCAGAGUUGGAUCAUACAUUUGGAAAGAAGGGAAAGGUUCUGGAAGAGGAGAUCAGAGAUCUGGCCGAGGAGAGGAACGAAUUGACAGAGAAGAAGAGAAGACCUCUUUACAGGAAAGGUUUUGAUGUGAAACUAAUUGAUGUUAACCGAACUUGUAAAGUUACUAAGGGUGGACAAGUGAUCAAGUACACUGCUAUGUUGGCUUGCGGGAACUACCAUGGUAUUGUUGGUUUCGCAAAAGCAAAAGGCCCAGCAGUUCCCAUUGCCCUUCAAAAGGCAUAUGAGAAAUGCUUUCAGAAUCUUCAUUAUGUGGAGCAACACGAAGAGCAUACAAUUGCGCAUGCAGUUCAGACUUCAUAUAAGAAAACCAAGGUGUAUCUUUGGCCUGCAUCAACUGCAACGGGGAUGAAAGCAGGCAGAACUGUCCAAACUAUUUUACAUUUAGCUGGUUUUAAAAAUGUGAAGUCCAAGGUUGUUGGCUCUAGGAAUCCUUACAACACCGUUAAGGCUCUUUUUAAGGCCUUAAAUGCGAUUGAAACUCCGAAAGAUGUUCAAGAGAAGUUUGGCCGAACGGUUGUGGAGUCAUACCUGCUGUAAUAGUUAUUUUUUGAAGAGACCCAUCGGCGAUUCGGAUUGCCCAGCUUUCAACUCUUCCUCAAACGAUAAAUAUGCUGUUCUCGGGGAAAUAAAGUUUUGCCUUUGUUAGAUCCUGAUUUCAAGGACGAUGUUGUAGUCUUUCUGCCUUUGAUGUUAUGGUUACAAAUGUUACACAUCAGUUAUGCUCAUCCUUAACCAAAAGAAAUGUUUUACACACAAGUCAUUGGGCGCCCUCCCCUGCAAGCUAGUCGUUAAGGUUUGAUUCGAAUUAGAGGCAAUGUUUGUAUUGGGUUCUAGCUUUUCCAAAGCAGUUUGGGGUGUGCCAAAAAUUUCUCUAACUGUAUUUCUCGUUCUAGGUGAUCUAUAGAGUUUUUUGAGUAACUAAAUGCUUA